AUGGGCUGCUAUCCUCCCCUGGGCAAGAUCGUGUCUAAAGCGCUCGGAAAAUGCAACGGGCGCGAGAGAUGGAGGGAAGGGAGGCUGGACUUCGAUUACGCCUUGGCCUACCCGCCUGGCCCGCCCACGGAGAUCCGCUACGUGCGGCCGGUGGCGCGCACGGUGACCUUCGCCAGCAACAACUCCAUCUACGUGAUCCCACCGUCGCCGCCGCCGCAACCGCAGCCGCAGCCGCAGCAGCAGAGCACACCAGAGCCCCAGCAGCCCCAAACACCGCCCCGACACGAGCCCGAGCAGCACCAGGAUACACCCGAAUCCCAACCUCCUCGACCCCAAACCGAGCAACCAGAGCAACCCGAGCCACCCGCGCAAACGCAAGACGCGCCGCCACAGGCCGAGCCGAAGCCGCCAAAGGGCCCGAAACGAGGCAAGAAGAAGCAGCCCGGCCGCGUCCGGUUCGGCCCGGAGCCUCCUCCCCCUCAGCAGCAACAGGAACAAGCACAGCAGGAGCACGCGCAGGGCCCGGGCAACAUCGAGAAAGCGCCGGAUCAGUGGCCUCACGGUGCGUCCCCCGCGCCAGCGCCCACGCAGGGGCAGGGGUACCUGCUCCGGUACACGCCGUCGCCGCUGCCGAGGUGGGAGGCGACGCCGCGGCGGCACGAGUACUUCUCCGGGGAGUACCGGAGCUACUACCCGACGCCGGUGCGCGAGGGCAUCUACCGCAUCGCCACUGACGCCAACAGGCUCACCACCAUCUUCAGCGAGGAGAAUCCCAACGCCUGCACGAUCGUCUGA